AAUCAUGAUCACUGUGUCUCUCUGAAAGGUAAUGCUGCUAAGUGAUCAUCUUUGCUCCCUGCAACCUGCAGUGUGCCAGCUUACAGCCGACUCCAGGGACAUUCACUCUUGUGCUAUACUCUAUAAAGAAGCAGGAUGGUGGAUUUAGACAGUGAGGUCCCUGCACUACCUCCCAGAUACAGAUUUCGGGAUUUAAUUCUUGGGGACCAGGCAUUUCAAAAUGAUGACAGAGUACAAGUAGAAUUUUAUGUGAAUGAAAACACCUUUAAAGAAAGAUUGAAGCUUUUCUUCAUUAAAAACCAAAGAUCAAGUCUUAGAAUUCGGCUCUUCAAUUUUUCACUGAAGCUUCUAAGCUGUAUGCUGUAUAUAGUGCGUGUCCUUUUAGAUGAACAUUCUGAAGAAAAUAACACAUGGUCUUCUAUACUAUGGGUUAACAGACGUUUGGCCCUCUGGGAGCUUCAGGUUGCAGUAGCUCUGAUCAGCCUUUUUGAAACAAUACUGCUCAUUUAUCUAAGUUACAAGGGAAACAUAUGGGAGCAAAUUUUAAGAAUACCUUUCAUAUUAGAGAUUAUUAACACUGUGCCCUUCAUCAUUACGAUAUUCUGGCCUUCUCUAAAAGAUUUAUUUGUGCCUGUUUUCCUAAACUGCUGGCUGGCAAAACAUGCUUUAGAGAACAUGAUUAAUGAUCUUCAUAGAGCAAUACAGAGAACACAAUCCGCAAUGUUUAAUCAAGUUUUAAUUUUGAUAUCUACCUUGCUAUGUCUAAUCUUUACAUGCAUUUGUGGAAUUCAGCACUUGGAGCGAGCUGGAAAUAACCUGACACUAUUUGAUUCUCUCUACUUCUGCAUUGUCACUUUUUCAACUGUGGGUUUUGGAGAUGUGACCCCAAAGAUCUGGCCAUCAAAACUUUUAGUGGUUAUAAUGAUCUGCGUAGCACUUGUAGUUCUUCCAAUCCAGUUUGAACAGCUGGCAUAUCUCUGGAUGGAAAGACAAAAAUCAGGUGGGAAUUACAGCCGUUACCGUGCACAAACAGAAAAACAUGUCGUCUUAUGUGUUAGCUCCUUGAAGAUUGAUCUGUUAAUGGAUUUCUUGAAUGAAUUUUAUGCACAUCCAAGGCUGCAGGAUUACUAUGUGGUGAUAUUAUGUCCAACAGAAAUGGAUGUCCAGGUUAGACGCAUUCUUCAGAUUCCCAUGUGGUCUCAAAGAGUUAUCUACCUGCAGGGAUCAGUCCUCAAAGAUCAGGAUCUAUUGAGAGCUAAGAUGGAUGAUGCAGAAGCAUGCUUUAUAUUAAGCAGCAGAUGCGAAGAAGACAGGACAGCAGCUGACCAUCAAACAAUAUUAAGAGCCUGGGCAGUCAAAGAUUUUGCUCCAAAUUGCCCUCUCUAUGUUCAGAUAUUAAAACCAGAGAACAAAUUUCAUGUCAAAUUUGCAGAUCAUGUUGUAUGUGAAGAAGAAUUUAAAUAUGCAAUGCUUGCACUGAACUGCAUAUGUCCAGCUACUUCUACUUUAAUCACUCUGCUAGUUCAUACCUCAAGAGGACAGGAAGGGCAGCAGUCCCCAGAGCAGUGGCAAAAAAUGUAUGGUAGAUGUUCAGGAAAUGAGGUCUAUCAUAUAAAGAUGGAGGACAGCAUCUUCUUUGCAGAGUAUGAAGGGAAAAGCUUCACUUAUGCUUCAUUCCACACACAUAAAAAAUUUGGUGUCUGCCUUACCGGUGUUAGAAGAGAGGAUAACAAAAACAUCUUGCUAAACCCAGGGCCACGAUACAUCAUGAGUUCUACUGACACCUGCUUUUACAUCCAUGUGACCAAAGAAGAGAAUUCUGCUUUUAAACAUCAUGAACAGUUGGAAAAAUUGCGCAGACACAAGUCAUCCUAUCAUGGCCCAUCCAGACUACCAGUCCACAGUAUAAUUGCCAGCAUGGGCACCGUAGCGAUAGAUCUACAGGAAACAACCUGUUAUUCCACUAGUGGGCCAGGCCUUACUCUUCCAUCUGAAAUUAGUAGAAAAGAGAGAAGACCCAGUAUUGCCCCUGUACUAGAACUUGCUGACAAUGCAUCCAUACAGCCAUGUGAUCUUCUAAGUGACCAAUCAGAAGAUGAAGCCAACCCUUCCGAUGAUGAAUGUUCUGAGGCCAAGGAGUAUUCCAAAGGAUACCCUCCUAAUUCACCAUAUAUAGGAAGCUCACCUACCUUUUGUCACCUAUUACAAGAAAAGGUGCCAUUUUGCUGUCUUCGAUUAGAUAAGGGUUGUCAGCAUAACUAUUACGAAGAUGCAAAAGCCUAUGGUUUCAAGAAUAAAGUCAUCAUUGUUGCAGCUGAAACUGCAGGAAAUGGACUGUAUAAUUUCAUUGUUCCACUCAGAGCUUAUUACAGACCUAAGAAGGAGCUUAACCCCAUCAUACUGCUGCUGGAUAAUCCGCCAGAUAUGCACUUCUUGGAUGCAAUUUGCUGGUUCCCAAUGGUGUACUACAUGGUGGGCUGCAUUGACAACUUAGAUGACUUACUGAAAUGUGGAGUAACAUUUGCAGCUGAUAUGGUGGUUGUAGACAAAGAGAGCACAAUGAGUGCUGAAGAAGACUACAUGGCAGAUGCAAAGACAAUAGUUAAUGUACAAACACUUUUCAGGUUAUUUCCAAGUCUCAGCAUCAUUACAGAGCUAACACAUCCAGCAAACAUGAGAUUCAUGCAAUUUAGGGCCAAGGACUGUUAUUCAUUAGCUCUUUCCAAGUUGGAGAAGAAAGAACGUGAGCGGGGGUCUAAUCUGGCAUUUAUGUUUCGCCUUCCAUUUGCUGCUGGCAGAGUAUUCAGCAUCAGCAUGUUAGACACACUCUUGUAUCAGUCAUUUGUGAAAGAUUAUAUGAUCUCUAUUACAAGACUGCUGCUGGGACUGGACACCACGCCGGGGUCUGGAUUUCUUUGUUCUGUCUCUAUGGGUCGCAACACACAGAAGGGCACUCGUUCACAGGAUUCGAGGACCCUCUCGACGAGAAAACGGGCCAUUGAGACGUUCUUCCCCAGAGCAGGGCGCUCUGCUCAGACGCCGCGAGGACUUAAGAUGGCGACGGGUAAGGAGAAGCGGGCCCCGUCCCCAUCUCCCUCAUCCCCUGAAUCCUUGCCGUCGACACGAACUAGUGGUGGAAGGGAGUCUCCCGACCAGAGUGACAUGGAGGGUGAGGAUGCUGAUAUCCCUACCUCAUUCCGCAUCCAUAACGAAUUGCAACAAGCGACCCAACAACACGCCAUGACCCUGCAUACCCUGUGGUCACAGAUCGAUGACCAAGAAGAUCGCAGCAGGCGCAACAACGUUCACCUACGGGGGAUCCCGGAGGCCACGGGCCCUCGUGAUCUUAGGGCCACAGUGGUUGGCAUCUUCAACACCCUCUUGGGCCGCCCUGUGACUGAGCAUAUUGAAAUAGACAGGGUGCAUCGGGUACCUGGUUUUCGCAAUCCCAAAGAGACCCGUCCACGUGAUGUGCUGUGCAGGGUGCAUUACUACACAUUUAAAGAGGAGAUAAUGUCUAAGGCGCAACAUGGUGGCCCCCUGGACUUUGAUGGGGCCCAAAUAUCUCUGUUCCCGGAUCUGUCGCGACAGAAGGACUACACUUUCUAUUCGGCUCCCCAUGCCACAUACAGCAGAAUAGACUAUUUUUUCACGUCCCACUCCCUGCUCAGCUGGCGACUGAACACCUCCAUUGGACCACAAAUUUGGUCAGACCACUUUCCUGUCUUCCUCAGCUUUGCGGUACCGGGCACUGCUAAAGGUUCUACAUCAUGGAGACUCAAUGAGUCACUGCUGCGGGACCCAGUUAUUUUAGAGGCACUUCAGACAGCAAUUAGGGAGUUCCGGGAACACCACUCACUGGACGAAACUUCCCCACCAGUACAAUGGGAGGCGCUUAAAUGUGUCCUGCAUGGCAUACUAAUUCAGCAUGGCGCUAGACUCAAAAGAGAAAGGAACGAACACAUUUCCAAGCUUCUGACUAACUUGGCAGAUGCUGAAUUAAAACAUAAAUCGACACCUACCCCGUCUCUAUAUCAAGAAAUUGUCACUUGCCGGGCGGAACUUCACUCUAUGUUAGAUCUGGCCUACUUACGCCACAGGGAUCUGACCCUGCGAUACUUUCAUGAAUAUGGUAAUAAGAGUGGGAUUAGAGAACUGGAGAAGGAUAAGAACAUCAUAGUCAGACCUGCUGACAAAGGCGGAGCAAUCGUCAUUUUGAAUAAAGUAGAUUAUAAGAACGAAAUGGCUCGUCUACUAGCAGAUGGGGACACAUAUGAGGUUUUAUCUAAAGACCCCACAAGAAAUUUUAAGAGAGACCUAGACCGAAAAUUGUAUUUGCUUCUUAUAAAGUCACAGAUAUCUAUUAGUGUGGAAGAUUGGGAAGACACAAAAGAAACCAAAGAAAUGGCAACCAACCGUAACAAUCAUCGAAAUUCCACAUCCAGUGACCAGUCAGAUCAUCCCUUACUACGAAGGAAGAGUAUGCAGUGGGCCAGAAGACUAAGCAGAAAGGUUCCCAGACAUUCCAGCAAAAUAGCAGAGAGAAUAAGUCAACAAAGAAUGACUUUGUGCAGAAGGUCAGAAAGACAAGAACUAGCAGAACUGGUUAAGAACAGAAUGAAACAUUUGGGUCUUCCUACAGCAGGUUACGAUGAAAUGAAUGAUCAGCAGAACACGCUGUCCUACAUCCUCAUCAAUCCUUCCCCAGACACUAGACUGGAACUGAAUGAUGUUGUCUACCUGAUCAGACCAGAUCCACUGUCUUAUGUUCCAGGCAAUGCAUCAAGCCGGAAAAGCAGCUUUUGCAAUACAACCGGGCAAGAUUUAAAGGAUGAAACGCAGCUCUGAUAUUUCAGAGGCUUCAGUGAAUUAAAGAAUUGAUUUGUAGCUGUAACAUCAUCCAGCCAUAACAAACCUAAAUCUAUGGCAAGAAGCUUCAAGCCAACACCUGCUUUCUAUAGCAUAGUCUGUACCAGGAAAUAUUGUUACCCAUGUCUUUAAGCUGUUGAAUCAGUGUUAUUUCCCUACCAUGUCCUUUUCUAGAUAGGAUUAACAGACCAGGAAAGGUCGGACACU